CCGCUCAGCCCCGGCCGGGGCGGGCUGCCAGAUAAAGGCAGGGCUGUCUGUGAAGGCAGGGCUGCCUCGCUCCGCCUCGCUCUGCUCCCUUCGCGCCGCUCUCGCCCGCCCGCAGAGCCGCUGGGCCACGGUGGGAGGCGGAGGUUCCCUGCCCGUCCUUCAGGCCGGCAGGAGAAGAUAUCUGAAGAAAUAGCCUGAAGAUGAACUUCUUCCUGGAAACAUUAAAAGUGAUUGUACUUCUUGUUUACUACUUACUGGAGUCACUGGUGUUCUUGGUUGUUCCUGCACGGAAGAAGAAUGUUAGUGGUGAAAUCGUAUUAAUAACAGGAGCGGGAAGUGGCAUUGGAAGACUCUUAGCAGUGAAGUUUGCCAGCCUUGGAGCCACGGUGGUCCUCUGGGAUAUUAAUCAAGAAGGGCUCAAAUGCACAGUAGGACUGGUCAAGGAAACAGGAGCAGGAAGAGUACACUCUUAUGUCUGUGACUGUAGCAAAAGACAGGAUAUCUACAGAGUAGCUGACCAGGUUAAAAAAGAAGUUGGUGAUGUCAGCAUCUUGAUCAACAAUGCUGGUAUUGUAGUUGGGAAGAGAUUUCUUGAUUCUCCAGAUUCACUUGUAGAAAAAACCAUGGAAGUGAACACAAUGGCACACUUCUGGACUUACAAAGCCUUCCUCCCAGCAAUGAUUGCCGCCAACCACGGACACUUGGUUAGCAUAGCAAGCUGUGCAGGACUCUGUGGAACCAGUCAGGCUUCAGAUUACUGUGCAAGUAAAUUUGCAGCAGUUGGUUUUGCAGAGUCAAUUGAUAUAGAGAUGAGAAGUCUGAGAAAGACUGGUGUUAAAACCACAAUUGUGUGUCCUUACGUCAUAAACACGGGAAUGUUUGAUGGUGUUAAAUCCAAGUGGCCACGUAUGAUUGCUAAUCUGGAUCCGGAGUACGUGGCCGAGAGGACAGUCAGUGCUGUUCGGCAGAACCAAGAAGUUUUGCUUAUGCCACGCAUCGCUUAUCUUUUACCUUUUCUAAAAAGCUUCCUACCAGUGAAAGCGCUAGUUCUCCUUUUAGACUACUUUGGACUCGAUGAUAUGAUGAAUACCUUCAAAGGUCGACCAAAGAAGGAGUGAAAAAGCACAAAAUUCAGAGACCAGCAGCUCUAAAGUGGGUGUUGAAGUUAGUUAAAGGUGGUGGGGGGAAAAGUUUGCUUCACUAACAGCUGUGAACUUUGUGCCUCAUUUCUCAAUAGUAACAAGAUUUUUAAGAGUUGCUUUUUAAUUGGCUCUUAAUCAACAGCUUUCAUCUGAACUAUUGUUUUUGAAUUGUUUUCUUUUCACCUCAUUAUGAAAAUACAUUAAUUGAACUUAUUUGCAUUGGUUUAUAACACCUUAAAAGGGAUCCUACAUCACAAACCAAUAACUGGCAACUUUGGGGGGAAGAAAAGACCAAGAAACCACAUGUAUUUAGCAGGUAUCCAGAAAAGCUUGUAGUGGAUCUGACUUCUUGCUGCCAUUCAGUGAACCAUGAGGAUGAGCUGUACUGCUGGUGCCAUUACCAUUCCCUGGUAAGCUGAGGAAUUCAAGAAUUUCCUCAAACAACAGAUUGUAACUCUUACAAAUGGAAGUUUUGGGAAAUUAAAAAUAUACACUGUGUUGGUGAAAAAAACAA